GCAAAUUCGCAGGAUAUGUUCGUGCCCGUUCUCUUCCUAAUAUAGGUGUGUGGAAUAACUUUCAACCUGCGCAGAUUGAUCCAUUCUGUAAAAGACCAUCUCCAACAUUUUCUGAGUCAUCUACACCAAAAGCUGUAUGGACAGUGCCAACUCCAAAAUUACUAACAAGCAAGAAAACCAAUAAAGAAUUAUUAUCAGUUAAUGAUGAGUUGGCUGAAAUGUCAAAUACUGCAAAAG